UUAAUGGAAGUCGUGUGUUCCUGUUGCGCAUGCCCCGCGUGAGUUUUUGAAUGAGUUCCACCCCCGUGCUGUGUUGUAUUCGCGCAACAAGGGGUGUGCGAAUCGUAGAAAAUUCAGGGAAAACCACCAGAAGUCAGUCUCGUGCGACGAUUUUACCGGAACAACAAAUCCCAAGUCGGAAAAUUCGUUUCUUUUGUCUUGAUUUUGACAGUAAAGAAACGAAAGUGUUUAUAAUAGUGGUUUAGUGUGCUAUUUUUAAGAAAUUCGGCUUUGUGUGUAAUUUGAUUUAUUUACAUAGGAAACCAGUGCAGUUCGUAAAUAUAACCAAUAUACAAAAAUAGUGCGGUGAAAUGGGGUGUAAUACUAGUAAAGAAUCAGUGCCUGUAACUGAAGAAGAAAAGAAAAAUAAAGAAAUUCAAGAAAAUUACGAAAAUAAAACUGAAGAAGAUAACAAUGAAACAAACAAAGAUUCUGAUACAAAAUCCUGCUCAGCUAAAACGAUAACGCUUUGCACGAACGGCUCAGCGAAAGUUUUGCAGGAAACUACACCGCCCGCAGAACCCGUCGUCGACAAGCAGGAACCAGCUCCUCCUGCUGACCAGGAACCCGAACAGGAGGUAGAAGAGGCCGCGACCAAAAUCCAGGCAGCUUUCAGAGGCCACAGGACGCGAAAAAGCAUGAAACAACCGGCGCAGCAGGAACAACAGCAGGAGGCCGAGCCUACCAGGGAGGAGUUGGAGCAGGAGUUCAGGGCCGAUGACGAAGAGCUCUGUCACGCUGCCACGAAAAUCCAGGCUUCCUUUAGAGGUCACAUGUCCAGAAAACAACAAGAUGACGGAAAAAACAAUGGAGAUGAAGGGAACAGCUCUGCAAAAUCCAAAGAUCAGAAACUGGAGGAGGAAGAAUUGGACAUCGACCUAACUGAUCCGGAAUUAAACAAGGCUGCAGUCAAGAUUCAGGCCUCGUUCAGGGGUCACAUGACUCGCAAAGAAGACGGUAAAGAUACCACCGGAAAUUAAAAAGUAAUUAAUUAUUUAAGAGUAAUAAAAGAAAACCUUCAUUAACUAUUAACUAUGAAAAUACUACUGUAUGAAAUACUCAUUACUUAUGUGUUUGAUAAAAAAAACCAUUGUGAUCCUCUACUAAACUAAAUAUUGAAAAACUAGCAUGUAAUUAAUGAAAUAUUCAGAACAAUCAUCCUUAACUAAACAAAAUCUACAAGCUUUAUUUUCAAGAAUGCUAAGCGAAAACAUUUGAUAUGGUCAAAAAACAUAUUAUUUAAUGGAUAUUUCAUUGAAUGGAUGAAGUAAUUUGACCACAAAUAUACCUUGCAUCUUUUAUACCUACCUAAUUAAAAAAAAUGAUAAUUGGAAAAAAAUUACUUAUGAAAAGACAGGGUUUUUGAUUUUUCACGGAAUUUUAAAAUGAUCGUCAACUGCCCACGAUUUAUUUCAACCGAUGUAAUAUUAUAAAAAUUAGAAAGAAAUUUUAAUGUGAAAAGGUUUAAAAAACAUACAUUAAAUAUUUUUUACCGCAAAGUUUGCGGUAAAAAUGGGCUUAUUAAUUUUUUAACGUAUACACCUUAUCUCUUUAAAGUAUAAACGUAAAAACCGUGUUAAAUUUAAAUCAGUUGUAAGUGUUGCUGUUCUCGGACAGUUGCCAGAAAUAUUGAAAACAAAUGCAUGUUUUGAAAUGAAAAAUGAUGUUCAUGUUAAAAAAGGUAUUAGCCCAUUGUAUAUUGUAUCCUAUUUCUGCACUUUGUUGAUACCUACACCAAAACGUAGUCUACCCAAAAAAAUUAAAUAAAUCUGCAAAAUAAUUUGCUUUACAUGUAAAAUACUAAUUGAUGUAG